AUGUCAACUUCUCAAAGUGAAGAAGUAUGUAAAAAUGAAGAAGAAGCUCAAUUUGAGGAUUUCGAGGAUUUAUCGCAAAUUUCUAAAAACUCCCUAAUAGUUCACAACAUGACUGUAGUGGCUGACACGGGAGUGAAUUUGAACCUUGCCGACUCUUUGAAUAAAUUUGGGAACUCUGUGUAUGACCCAACUGAGUUCAAUUGCAUAAGGCUUGAUGUGCGGGUUCGGAAGGCUCUUGACGCCUCCCUGCGACUCGCAUUUUCCGAGGAGUUUGAGUCCAUUUCAGAUAUUAAAGUCAUUGAGGCAACCAAGGUUACAAGGAUUCCAUACAUAAUGAACAGUUUCCAUCAGGAUUCUGAUUGUCCAAUUCAUAUAACAAGCUUUAAUAAUGAAUAUACAUCGGUGAAGAUAUCGGUAUUUUCGAACGGGAAGAUUGCUUUGACUGGAGCCAGAAGUUUACUGACAGCUGCUGUGGCCCUGGAGAAGGUGUGCAGAGCACUUAGAAGACGUGUUAACGGGAAGGCAAGAGUACGUAAUAUCGUAUGCUCAAACAUUCUUGCUGUCUACGCAUACCCUCAUAAGAUCGUUUUGCCAUUGUUCCACAAGGCAUGCAAGGACUCUAUUUAUGACCCGCACAGGUUCUCAGGUGUCAGGGUUAGGGUUCCAAUCAACUCUCCUCAGACUUUCUACUCACUCAUUAACAUACUAAACAUGUUCAACUUCAGCUCAAAGUAUGCUGAACCGACUCAGGAGUCCGAGUCAAAGCCUGAAAUGGAAGAGUUGGAAGAAGAGGAAGAAGAAAUUGUUGAUGCCUUUGUUGUGCCUAACGCUACUCCUAGAGCCAAAAGUUAUAAGUAUAAAGCUUCUAAAAUUGGUAUUCAUCGAUUUGUUGAUUCAACUAUCAAGGAUAAUAGAAAGGUACACAGUUUGGUUCCGAAAUUGGUGAAAAAGAAGAGGAAAAUGCUAAAGGGUGAAACUGUUUGGACGAGAGUGGACCAGAACCUGAAAGAUUUGGAGAAAACUGAAGAGGGGUUAAAGAAGCCAGAAACACAGCUAAAACAAUCAAAGGAAGAGGUGGUCUCAGUGACAGUGUACUCUUCAGGCAACAUAACGUUCACGGGAGCUAGGUCAAUACCGAGCCUACAACAAGCACUUGCAUAUGUUUAUCCGUUCCUACAAAUUACUCAACGAAAACAUACACUCUAA